AUGGUCCAUGUCCCCGUGUUCCUCCUGCAGCUCACUGUCUACCUGGGCAAGAGGGACUUCGUGGACCACAUCGACGUGGUGGACCCCGUGGAUGGGGUGGUGCUGGUGGACCCCGAGUACCUGAAGGAGAGGAAAGUCUUCGUGACGCUGACCUGCGCCUUCCGCUAUGGGCGCGAGGACCUGGACGUGCUGGGGCUGACGUUCCGCAAGGACCUGUUUGUGGCCAACGCUCAGGCCUUCCCCCCCCUGCCCGAGGAGAAGAAGCCCCUGACGCGGCUGCAGGAGCGGCUCAUCAAGAAGCUGGGCGAGCACGCGUACCCCUUCACCUUCGAGAUCCCCCCCAACCUGCCCUGCUCCGUCACGCUGCAGCCAGGCCCCGAGGACACGGGGAAGGCCUGUGGUGUGGACUAUGAGGUCAAAGCUUUCUGUGCUGAGAACCUGGAGGAGAAGAUCCACAAGAGGAACUCGGUGCGCCUGGUCAUCAGGAAGGUGCAGUACGCGCCGGAGCGCCCCGGCCCCCAGCCCAUGGCAGAGACCACGCGGCAGUUCCUCAUGUCCGACAAACCGCUGCACCUCGAGGCCUCCCUGGACAAGGAGAUCUACUACCAUGGAGAACCCAUCAGCGUCAACGUCCACGUCACCAACAACACCAACAAGACGGUGAAGAAGAUCAAGAUCUCAGUGCGCCAGUACGCGGACAUCUGCCUCUUCAACACCGCCCAGUACAAGUGCCCGGUGGCCGUGGAGGACGCGGAUGACAUGGUGGCCCCGAGCUCGACGUUCUGCAAGGUCUACACCCUGACCCCGUUCCUGGCCAACAACCGGGAGAAGCGGGGCCUGGCGCUGGACGGGAAGCUCAAGCACGAGGACACCAACCUGGCCUCCAGCACACUGUUAAGAGAUGGGGCCAACAAGGAGAUCCUGGGCAUUAUUGUCUCCUACAAGGUGAAGGUGAAGCUGGUGGUGUCACGAGGAGGGCUGCUGGGAGACCUCGCCUCCAG